AGGAAGCAGAAGAGGCUGUGUUUGCUACCUGGUUGAAACUAGUUGCCUCAUCUAUGGCAGCCUGUAGGUGGUGAUUGCAAAAGAGACUUUUUUCAAUGCUGAGGUGUAAACUUUGGCCUUGGUUAUCCAAUAUCAUAAUUUAUGACGUCUUAUCUACUAUUUUCAUGCAAGUCUCUGUUUUGGCCAGCAUUAUGUUUUUUCAGCCUUGGAGCUAACCAGCAUCAGUACAAAGAAGGUGUCUAUGCAUGCCCUAAUGUGUUGCCAUCAUUGACAUUGUAAAUAUUGCCAUAAAGUUUUCCACAACUACUGGCCUGGUUUAUACCUUGGUGACCAUGGGUCUUGCAUACUAGUUGCUCCUCAAUAUCCUCCCCCUAUCUGUAUAUUUGUGAUACCAGACAUAACACCUGCAAACUCACACACAAGCAAUGACCAACUUUAACAAAUGUAUUUAAGACGAAUGGUAUUUUGAAUGAAGCACUAUGAAUAGUAUCAGAAUAUGACCUUGUUAGAGAAGUUAGGCUGUAUUGAUUGUGUGCAAUUUUAUAGCUAAUUUUAUCAUUUUUCAGCAUUGAGUCAAAUUUGAUCAAUAAUUGAAUUAAGUUACCUUCACUCAUUGUUCCUGGGAAAUAGUGGUACAAUGUCAGCUGAGAUUGAAGAAACUCUGAGGAGAAUCCAGUCUCACAAAGGUGUUGUGGGAGUAAUAGUCAUCAACUCUGAAGGUAUCCCAAUCAAGAGCACGCUGGACAACCCAACUACAGUACAAUACACUGGCCUCAUCAGCGGCCUCGCUGAUAAGGCACGCAGCGUUGUCAGAGACCUCGACCCCACCAACGACCUCACCUUCUUCAGGCUCAGGUCCAGAAAACAUGAAAUCAUGGUUGCUCCUGAUAAGGAGUACAUGUUGAUCGUUGUGCAAAAUACGAAUCAAUGAGGGUAUGGCUCCUCUGACCGGCGGCUCUUCAUUCUUAUGCCUUAUUUAAAAAUAUGAUUCACACAUUACUUGUUCGCACACAUUGUGAUGAUUUACACAUUACUUGUGUUUUUAAUUUUGAUACCUGACAGCAUUCCUCCACUUAAUUCAAUCUUUGAACCCACAAAUAAAAUUACGAGUAAAUAUGUGAUUCCAUUGAGUCUGUUGACAGUCUCUUGGUACCGGUAUUGCUAUUAAAUUCUAUGGGAUUCGUAACGCAAUUGUUUUUUUCGUCACUUCCCAUGAAAGAAUUGCCUUCAGAUCAGUGAUGCGAUUUUUCGGUAUAAACCAUUCAUAUUUUGUUAGCAAUCUUCCCAACUUAUUCGUUGAUACUAAUAUUUAUUGUAUAUUUAUAGCGUGUAGACUUUAUGGUAGUGUUAUCUUGAACUUGUGUGUUAAAAUGUGUCUUGUAUUUUUACAUAGUCAAGGUUGAAACAUAGUUAGAAUUGUCUGUUUAUUUUUAAAUUAAUUUUUCCCACUAUAUUAUUAUUAUUUCCAUGGAGUUCUAACGCUGUAUCUGUAAUGCACUGACGUCAACUACAAAUAUAGUAUUGAACAU